UUGAUUGUUUUGAUGCAUUCUCACAGCAGAAAGUCGUUUUCACUCACCUCGUCCACAUUUCCCUUUCAACCACAUCCCCAGGAUGCUCUACUGGACCUGAUAGCUGGUGACUGUGGAGAUGUCCCAUUUAGUUUCCUCAGGCGGAAGUGUUGCGGCGCGGAUAAGUUGGGAGUCUCAGCCUGCCUGCGGCUGCUUGGAAAGAUGUCUGCGGCAAAGGAAGGCGAUCCUCUGUUCUUCUUUAUCAACGGGAAAAAGGUGACGGAGAACCAUGCUGACCCUGAGACAAUGCUGCUCUCCUUCCUCAGGGAGAAGAUGAAAUUAACUGGAACCAAGUAUGGCUGCGGUGGAGGAGGCUGCGGAGCGUGCACGGUUAUGGUGUCACGCUACCAACCUGCAACCAAAACCAUCACCCAUUACUCAGCCAACGCCUGCCUGCUGCCGCUCUGUCAGCUCCACGGAGCCGCGGUCACCACGGUGGAGGGCAUUGGCACCACCAAGACCAGGAUCCACCCGGUGCAGGAGCGAAUAGCGAAGGCUCACGGUUCCCAGUGCGGCUUCUGCACUCCGGGGAUGGUGAUGUCCACGUACACUCUGCUGAGGAACAAACCCCAGCCCACCAUGGAUGAUAUCACCCAAGCCCUGGCCGGAAAUCUGUGUCGGUGUACAGGAUAUCGGCCCAUUGUGGACGGCUGCAGGACCUUCUGUCAGGAAGCCAACUGCUGCCAAGCCAACGGUGGCACAAACUGCUGCCUCAACGGAGAGAAAAAUGGCCUUGAACCUGAGUGUGAAAAGCCUCAGUUGUUUGACAAAGCUGACCUUCUGCCAUUGGACCCAACACAGGAGCUGAUCUUCCCUCCAGAACUUAUUCUGAUGGCAGAGACGACGAGCCCACAAACCCUCACCUUUCAUGGGGAGAGGGUAACCUGGGUGUCCCCCGUUUCUCUGGAGGAGCUCAUUCAGCUCAAGGCCAAGCACCCCAAGGCUCCGCUGGUCAUGGGAAACACCAACAUAGGUCCAGACAUGAAAUUCAAAGGCAUCCUACACCCGCUGAUCAUCUCUCCGACCAGAGUUAAGGAGCUGUUCGAGGUCUCUCAGACACCACAGGGCCUUUGGGUGGGAGCGGGCUGCAGUUUGACUGAGCUUCGCUCUCUCCUGGAGAAGCUGGUUCCUCAGUUCCCAGAGGAGAAGACUGAACUGUUCAGAGCCCUGAACCAGCAACUGGGGAACCUGGGAAGUGUGCAGAUCCGAAAUGUCGCUUCUCUUGGAGGAAACAUUGUGAGCGCGUACCCCAACUCAGACCUGAACCCCGUUUUGGCCGCCAGCAACUGCAAAGUCAGCGUGAUUUCCAGCGGAGGAAGGCGAGAGGUUCCCCUGAAUCAGGACUUCUUCGUGGGAUUUGGGAAAGUCAUCCUGAAGCCAGAGGAGAUCCUUGUCUCUGUUUUCAUCCCCUUUUCCAGAAAGGGGGAAUUUGCUCGGGCUUUGCGCCACGCGCCGAGGAAGGAGACCUCCUUCGCCACCGUGACAAGCGGGAUGAGGGUGUUCUUCUCAGAGGGAUCCAGAGUGGUUCAGGAUGUCAGUAUUUAUUACGGAGGAAUGGGCCCGACCACUGUCAGCGCAACCAAAACCUGCAAAGCCAUCAUCGGAAGGCCGUGGGAUGACGAGACCCUCGGGCAAGCCUAUGACAUCCUACUGGAAGAGUUGGCCCUCCCUCCUUCGGCUCCCGGAGGGAAGGUGGAGUUUCGUAGGUCCCUGACUCUCAGCCUGCUCUUCAAAUUCAACCUGGAGGUCCUGCACCAGCUCAGAGAAAUGAAUGUGAUCACAGAUGACGUGCCUGAGAAGAUGCAGCCUUUACCCAGAGAGAUCCAACCUGGACUGCAGGAGUUCCAGCCUGUGUCAAAGUACCAGAGUGACCAAGAUGCAGUGGGGCGUCCCAUGAUGCAUCGCUCCGCCAUCAGCCACGCCACAGGCGAGGCAGUGUACUGCGAUGACCUCCCGAGGAUAGAGGGGGAGCUCUUCCUCGUGCUGGUCACCAGCUCCCGAGCACACGCCAAGAUCACAGGGCUGGAUGUGAGUGAGGCCCUACAGCUUCCCGGAGUUGUUGACAUCAUCAGAGCCAAAGACGUUCCCGGGAAGAAAGUCCGCACAUUUUGUGGUUAUCACGAGGAGCUGCUUGCUGAGAGCGAGGUAUCGUGCAUCGGUCAGAUGAUUUGUGCAGUGGUCGCAGACACUAAGGCGCAUGCCAAACGAGGAGCAGCAGCUGUAAAGAUCAGCUACGAAGACCUGCCGGACCCCAUUUUCACCAUUGAGGAAGCCAUCGAAAAGUCGUCUUACUUCAAGCCCCAGCGAAUGCUCGAGAGAGGAGAUGUGACCGAAGCCUUUAAAAACGUCGAUCGGGUUUAUGAAGGGGAGAUUCGAAUAGGAGGCCAGGAGCAUUUCUACAUGGAGACGCAGAGCAUGCUGGUCGUUCCUGUCGGCGAGGAGACGGAGUUCAACGUUUAUGUCUCCACUCAGUGGCCGACUUUAAUUCAGGAUGCUGUUGCAGAGACGUUGAACAUCCCGUCCAACAGAGUCACCUGUCAUGUCAAGAGAAUUGGUGGAGCCUUUGGCGGGAAGGUCACUAAAACCUCCAUCUUGGCUUCUAUCUCAUCUUUGGCUGCUUGGAAAACCAAUCGUGCCGUCCGCUGUGUCCUGGAGCGCGGUGAAGACAUGCUGAUCACAGGGGGCAGACAUCCCACCCUGGGAAAAUAUAAGGUGGGUUUCAUGAAUGACGGGAGGAUCAUUGCUGCAGAUUUCCAGUUUUUUGCCAAUGGCGGCAACGCUGCCGAUGAGUCUCCUUUGGUUGCUGAAAAGAUGGUGCUCCACAUGGACACCGCUUACAACAUCCCCAACCUGCGAGGUCAUGGUGCCGCCUGCAGGACCAACCUGCCCUCAAACACCGCUUUCAGGGGCUUCGGGGUGCCCCAGGGCCUGCUGAUCGUGGAAAACAUGAUCAACGACGUGGCGAUGGUGUUGGGCUCCCCCGCAGACAAGAUUCGGGAGAUCAACAUGUACAAGGGUCCUUCAACCACCCACUACAAGUUUGCAUUCGACCCUGAAAACUUGCUGCGCUGCUGGGACGAGUGUAAGCUCAGGUCUGACUUCAGCGCCCGCCACACUGCCAUCAAGCAGUUUAACCAGGAGAACCGCUGGAAGAAGAGGGGGAUUUCCAUCAUCCCCAUCAAAUACGGAAUCGCCUUUUCAGAGAGCUUCCUUAAUCAGGCUGCAGCUUUGGUCCACAUCUACAAAGACGGGUCUGUCCUGGUGAGUCACGGCGGGACGGAGAUGGGUCAGGGAAUCCACACUAAAAUGCAACAGGUAGCGAGCCGGGAACUACACAUCCCAGCCUCAAAGAUCUACAUCAGUGAAACCAGCACCGGCACCGUUCCCAACACCUGCCCGUCUGCCGCCUCCUUCGGCACUGAUGCCAACGGCAUGGCGGUCAAGAAUGCCUGCGAGAUUCUGUACCAGCGACUGGAGCCAAUCAGAAAGAAGAACCCCAAAGGAACAUGGGAGAGUUGGGCCAGAGCAGCAUUUAUGGAGAAGAUCAGUUUGUCAGCGACUGGAUACUACAGAGGUCCCGACCUGUGCGUCGACUGGGAGAAGAUGGAGGGCCAGCCUUACUCUUACUACACCUACGGAGUGAGCUGCUCCGAGGUGGAGCUGGACUGCCUGACAGGAGACUACAGGACAUUGAGGACGGACAUUGUGGUCGACAUCGGCAAAAGUGUGAAUCCAUCUGUGGACGUGGGCCAGAUUGAGGGAGCGUUCAUGCAGGGUUUGGGUCUCUACACUAUGGAGGAGCUGAACUUUUCUCCCUUUGGGCUCCUGUACACUCGAGGACCGUCUCAGUAUAAGAUCCCGGCGGUCUGCGACGUGCCGCUUCAAUUUAACGUCUAUCUGCUGCCAGAUUCUGACAACCCCCACGCCAUCUACUCCUCAAAGGGUAUUGGAGAACCCGUCCUCUUCUUGGGCAGUUCUGUGUUCUUUGCCAUCAAGGAUGCCGUGGCUGCAGCUCGUUCAGAUUCCGGUUUGAAAGGACCGUUUACUCUAAAAUCCCCUGCGACACCGGAGAGGGCCUGUCUGGCCUGUGCCUCCCCGUUCACUAAGAAGGUUCCAGCCAGUAAACCAGGAUCUUUCAAACCGUGGGCCUUAGAUGUCUGAAAGUGAAUCAUACUAAAGAUUUUAAACCAAUAGGGAUCUAAUCAUUCUUAAAUAAUUCAGGUGAAAUUCACUACCAGCUGCAGGACAGAAGUGCUCCUAAUACACAAUUUUACAGUUGUCAUCAGGUGUAUAAAAUGUAUCAGUUUAUGACAUUCAGAAACUCACUUAGACCACUGGGAUAUACAGGUCCACCUGGCCAUAAGGUCAGCGCGCUCAGUUGUAUAUCAAGUUAUCUUUGAUUUAAGCACAGUUUGUGUGUUUCAGUUGUUGCAUGGAUUAUUCCCCGUAAUCUAUCACACAGAAUCACAAGUUAUACUUAAUGUUGUGUUCCACUGUGCACUAAAUCAGCUUGGAAUACACCUGGUUUUGAAAUUUGACCCAUUAUGUUCUCAAACAGCAAAUUAGUUCUUAGAGUAGUUAACCACCAUUUUGGUACCUUAGGUGAAUUUCAGCCCACAGAUAUUUUACUAAUUUGAUUAUUUUACAUAUAAGGAAUCAAAUUUGAGAUUAUUGUUGACUUGAUUUUACUUUUACUUUAAGACGUCGCUUGUUUUUACACUAGAACGGUUGAUUGAAAAUUGAAAAUGCCCAAAUCAC